GCGACGCACGCAGGCAGGCCACAGCCAGCGACCGAUCCAGCCAAUGAACGACUAAACAAAACAGCUCUUGUCGUAUGCGACUGGCUGAUCGGCUGGCUGGCUACGGGGUUGGGUUCACUUGCUGGUGCCCUUUUUGCCCCCUCCGGCCUUUUUGUAGCCCUCCUGCCUUUGCCUCUUGCGCUCCUCCUCCCUGGCCUUCUUUUCCUUCUCCUUCUCCUCCUCCUCUAUCAAAAGGUUGGCCUGCUUGUCGGCGUGCUUCGCCUUGUCGUUGGCACCACUCUUGGUCUUGAUCACCUCAGCCACAUUCUCGCCUAUCGACUCGCGGCUGUCGCUCCCGCGCCGCCAUAGGGCCCCUAUCAGCUUGUUGUAGUAGGAGCUGCUGCUGCUGCUGCUGCUGGCGGCAGCCGAGUCCGCGGCAGUGUGGGAGUCGCCGCUCGUCGCGUUGUCCUUGGCUGAUGCCUUCUGGUGCUUGCUGCCCUUGCGCGGCCGGCUGUUUGGGGGGCUGGGGGAGGCGGACGGGGGAGAGCCGUCGGUGGCUGCUGCUGCUGCUGCUGCUGCUGCGAGGGACUCCUCUGCGGCUCGGUCGACAACGGUACUGGAGGAACUGCCCAGCUUGAAGAAACUGGGAACCUACAUGACCCCAGGCGACACGCGAAGGAAUUCGUGCAUAUGAUGCAUGGACGCUUUGUCCGUGUGGGAGUGGUGUGCUGUCUUACCCAUCUGCUAAAGCUAGACGACGACUGAUGCGGCAGCAAGGGCGACCUAUCAUGGCCAGUGGGCCCGUCCUGCCCCUGCGGCUCCUCCUCGUCCUCAUCACCAUCCCCCUCGCCCUCUUCUGCCUCCUCGACAUCUUCCCGCCUCUUGCUGUGUUUCUUGCCCUUCUUGCCCUUGUGCCGCCGCCUGGUCGACCUGCCGAAAGUGGCUGCCUCUGUGUCGGCAGGGGAGCCGGGGUGGUCCUCACCCUCAUUGGCCUCAUCGGCGUCUUCGUUGGGUGGGCGGACGGUGGCGGGCUCAGUUGGUUCAUCCUUCGGAGCUGGUGGCUCUUGGCCGAUGGUGGCGGCAGCGGGCGACGGCUCCUCCUCCGCUUGUGGCUUGUCUGCCGUCUUGUCGGUGACGACCGGCUCUUCCUUGUCUGUCUUGGGUGGGAGUGGUGGUGUCCCGCUGCUGUCCUUGUCCUUGUCUUUGCGCGGCUUGCGUCUGGCCGUCUUGGCCGCCUCACGCGACAGGUCCUCGCCCGUGGCCUGCGAUGCCCCUCCGUCUCUACUGCCGGUCGAGGGCGCCCCCUCCGCCCCCUCCUCGGCUGCACUGGCAGCAGCAGCCACCGACCCCUUCUUGGGCCCAUCGACCUCGCCGCUUCUGGAGGACUUGGGGCGGACGGCCCUCCACCCAUCCCUCUCGUCCUGCGUCGGGGGCGCCUUGGUGUCGAUCAGGGGAGGGGGCGGCAGAUCCACCACCGAAUCGACUUUGACAUUGUUGGGGGCGGGAGAGGGGGGCGAGGGGGCGCUCUUCUCCUUCCACUCAGAGGCCGGUCGCCCCGCAGAUGACGACGAUGCUGCUGGUGCCCGCGGGGGGCAUUGUCGCUGCUGCCUGGUGGGUGCCUGGUGGUUGGCCUUGGGCUUGGUGCCGCCGCUCCCUGGCGCCGAGGAGAAGGUCACUGGUCGCACAGAAAUCUUGUUGCUGCCGCUCUCGGCUGGCAGGGGUGGCAUGUCUGGGGUGGGCAGCAGCCCGGGGCCGCCAUUCAAGUUCCCAUGAUCGCGCCGCUGGCCCCCACUCACACCAUUGACCCCAUUGAGCAUGUGGUCGUGCUGGCCCUCCUCCGACCGAUGAUCGAUGGGGCGCCCACCGCCCCCACGACCGUUGCGCAUGCCCUUCCGGCUGUCACGUCGGUUGUCAGGGAGUGCCAGGCCCCGCCCGGCAGAACGACCGUUGGUCAUGCGAUGAUGGCCGCUGCCGCACGGGCCGGGAGGGGGUGGUGGGGGCGGCGGGGGAGGUGGGGGCGGGGGCGGGGGCGAUGCACAGGACGACGCAACAGCAGCAUCGGCAGGGCUGUAGCCGUUCUGCAUGGGCUCGUAGUGCCACCGGCUGUCGUCCUUGCCACCGUCAGCAGCCGACCCCCACUCCUUCUCGUAGACGUCACGGUCUACCGAGGCCGAGGGCGCCUCGCGGCCAGCCGGGGCCGGUCGAUGGUGCGUGCCGGUGACCCCGUUGGUGGUGCUCGCCGACUGACCGGAAUAUGCAUAGACGUUGACGGUCCGCUUCGGUGGCCGGGGGGCGGGGGGCGCGUCGAUGGCCGUGGGGCUGGCCUGCAGGGGGGUCGUGGCAGCAGGUGUCGUCGCCGCCACGGGGAUCUGCAUCUCGGCGCACCGCAGGGGGCCGUAGCUCUCGAGGAAGAAGUCGCGACACGCCUUGCGGUUGAAUCUCGCUGGCGAGUCCGUCUCCAUGCCGCAGCUCCGUGGGCAGUUGAAGUGGGCCUCCCCCUGCGGCCCCGAGUACUCGGUGCAGGUGCUCCAGCAGGUCACACACAUGACCAGGUCGCAGCAGGUGCCCCUGAUGAGGUAGCGGUGCCUGUGCUCGCUCGUGCACUUGGGGUUGCCGCAUCCCGCCUUGAGCGUGCCCUCGUCGGUCACCAACACCAGACCACACGGCGGAGGCCUCAGCGGCGGAGGGGGCGCCCCCACCACCAAAGGAGGCAGGCUGCCCGCAGCACUCGCAGGUGGGCGGAUGCCGUCUCGGCUGCCCCACACGGACGGCGAUGGUGGCUGUGGGUGUGCGGGUGGCUCGUCUGUGUCGCUCGGGGGGCUAACGGGCGGGGGCGAUGGGUGCGACAUCAACGGGGCGGCGGGGCUGACGGUGCGGCCGCCGCUGGGGCCUGGGAGGGGCGACAUGGGCGUCUGUGAGUCGAAGGCUGCCGUGAAGUAGGCGUACAGGUCGUUGUGCCUGCAGAUGGGGCACUCCGUCACGAACACACGCGUGUUCUGAAUCAAUCAAGAACAACAUACAAAGCGAUAAAGUUAGAGGGACGUGUGUGUGUGUGUGUGUUUCAGUCGGUAGCUGCUUCGCUGUGUGUGUGUGUCCUUACGUCCUGGAGGAGGGUCGUCCUGCGAUUGUAGGUGAGGUGGUCGUUCGCACAGGUGCUGCACACUAUCUGCACACAGCCAUCCAGCCAUCCACCCACCAGCAACACACCAUGUGUAAAGAGUAGAGUGUGUGGACGUGUGUCGGUCAUGAUGGUGUAGGUAGGUGAUUGCAAUGCAUACCUUCUUGCAGCACGGCAGUCUGAGCAGCUCCUCCCGACAUGUGCAGAUGGGGCACUGCAUGGUCUUCUGCCCCGUGCCGUUGCCGUCCGCACCCUCGGCCGUCGAGUGCGAGCACACGGGGCACUCCAGGUCAUCAACAGACUCCUGCACACAACACAAGAAGUGGGGCCCACACAUACACACCACACCCUCCCAUGUGUGUGUGAAUGUGUGUGUGUGCGUGUGUGUGGUAAGUUUGCUUGCUUCUUACGUGUUCUUCCCGCCCGAGUUUCUUCUUGCAGGUGACACACAACCGGUGGAAGCAGAUCAACAUGUCCUGUGGAACACACACCCCGAGGAGGGAGAUGACACACCGUUCGUUCGAUCAUUGAGGCGUGGGGUGGUCGGUUGUGUCCCCAGAUGACGUACCAGUGCUCGCAGCACGGUGGAGGCCCCACAGUCGCUACACUGUGCCUGGAACGCACUCAUCUCCUUGAACCGACGCGUCUGGGACCUGUCGGCAUGGCACCACACCACACCACAGACAGACAGACAGACAGGCAGCAAUACGUAUGCCGUGUGCACCGUGUGUGUGUGCGAUUGGAGACGUACGUGGCGUAGAGGAGGUCGUAGUGGCCUGGACGGAAUAGGAGGACGACAGGAGUGGUGCCGGGCAUCAUGACCGAUCCCUCGGGGUACUCGUACAGCGGACACAGAGCGUCGGUGUUGUCCUGACACACACAGAGAGAGGACAUGAGUGAGUAAGUCAAGCGAGAGAGGAGAGGGAGGGGUGCGUUGCUGUCGUGUGGUUUUGUUUUGUCACCAGCUGCACGAUGUGGAUGUUGACGUUGAGCGCUAUCGAGGCCACGGCAAACACCAAACCGCCCUCCGCCUCACGACCUGACACACCCACACACAAAUACAGAUACAGAUGCAGAUACACCAACACAACCUCAGCCCCUCAGCCACGAUGGAUGCAUCAGUCCCUCCCUCCCUCCCUCCCUCCUCCGCCUCUCACCCAUCUCCAUGAUCUCCAUCUCCACGUACUGCUCCACACUCUGGAAAAACUCCUCCUCAGCAGCCUGUCCCUGCUGUCCCUGCUGCUGCGUGGCGCCCGAGCUGCUGCUCUUGCCGCCACAUGCCUCCUGCAGUGUGGGUGAGUCGGCGGGGGACGACGCGUCGCCGGCGCUGGGGCUGGGGCUGGAGGUGGCGGGGAUGGGGUAGGUCGACACGUACUCGGAGAUGGUCAGCACACCGUCCUCAGAGGGCGUCACAGACUCGUCGGCGUGCUCCAACAUGUACUUGCGCACCAGCCGGCGGAGCAUCUUGACUGAAUGAAGCAAAGGAGAGAGAGGAGGGACAGGACAGGACAGGACAGGACAGGACAGGACAACUCACAUGACACGGCGCGAUUGUGCUUUACUAUGCUGUGGUGUAGGUAAGUGUGGUUACAAAGGUAGGUACCUAUGGCGAGGUCCAGGUCAGCGUCGGUCAUGAGUUGCCAGUAGAGCUCACUGCCCCUGAGGCACUGCAAACGGCCAUACUGCACCGCCAGGUCAUCCUCCGCCAGCACAUCGGCAGGAAUGUCAAAGUUGUACGCGGCCGUCUCGCGCAACUCCAGCAGGGCGAAACCCAACGCACGAUAGAAGCAGUUCCCUGCACCACACAACAAACACACCACACACCAAGCCAAGCCGCCGAAACGACACACCAGGUCCACGCCAUUGCAAUCAACGCCCCUGGCGACCCAUCCCUUUUUUCUUUCGUGGCCAUACGCACCAUCGCCCCGGACGCGUCUGAAGCUGUCAUAGGUCUCGCAGAGUUUGUCGAUCUUUUUCUGGUGGUUCUUGCUGGCAUUGAAGUCACGCUUGAGCACGUCCAGGGCCAAUGGGACCGACAGGGGAUACCGCCUGUCCCGCCAGUUGGUCCGCACCUGCUCCAUCAGACGCACAAGGCGGCCGAAAAGCCAAGAGGCCUCAAGACUACAUCAUCUGGCUCUCCUCAAGGCCAUGAGUGA